AUGAAAUAUUACUACGGCCAAGUUAUUACUAAGUUAAGUAUUUUAAUGAACUUGGUCUUUAAUUUUUUUGUUUUGAAGUCAAUAGUUUUGCAACUCUCAAAUUAAUCCUAAAAAUGCUGAGUUUUUUAUUUAUAGCAUUGUUUGGUCAAACUAGGUGUUUAUGUUUUGGAUGUGGCUGCUGCACUCACUGACUGGAAGGGCUUUCUAGAAAACUGACAUGAUCAGCUCUUAUUGAGAUUUUGUAUCACGCUUUGUGAUGCAAAAUCCUUUUUACUGUGAAAGAUACGUGUUAAACAUGGUGGAAUUUCUCUAUUAUAUAGAGACAGCAGAGUAGGCUAGAGUUCAUUUGGUUAAGAAUAUAAAUAAAUCUGACAAGAGAAAGAUGAGAUUUGAGCAGCUGAGAUUGAGAUCCUGGUUUGGUCUCUUCUCUGGCUCGAGUUACACUUGUUAGAAUAACACAUUGUCACCAAGUGUGUGACGGUGUUCACUCCUUGGCUUUCCCUAAAUCCUCUUUCUGUGUGGUCGCGGCCCCUUGAACAUCCAUGUGACAGUCAGACCACACACACAGUCACACAAGGCGUGGCCUUAAUCAACACUUACUGUAUGGGUGUUCCCUCCUCGUGUCCGAAACCCAUUGCUAAUAAUUUGUUCUCUUCAAUAAUUGAUAAUUCAAUGAUAGAAUGAUGCCUGCUGUUACGCACUCUGGGUAUGUCACUCUGAAUAGUCGUCAUGUUAGCACUUACCACAUCGUUAUAUAUUUAGACAUCAUUAUGUAGUAAUUAGUUCCUAAUAGAAGUCAAUACACUGUGUUUAGUCAACAAGUUGGCCAAGCUGAGGUACUGGGCCCUGGUCUGCAAAACGAAUCCACUUCUUAGAGGUUUCAGUCCUAAAUACCUUAAUGAAAGGGGCGCAGUAGGGGUGUAUACUACCCCCUCGCCAGUCUCCAUGGGACCAACUGCAGGGAGGUAGUGCACUGCAUGUCAGCAGGUUGCACACAGCACAGUGGUGGUUUAUGGCUAUAUGGCUCUGUGGGGCAUUUCAGCCACGUUCCCAUGACAACCCCACAUUGCAACAGACUCCUGUAAAGCCAUGCAGACCAUGCACGUGGUUAAAUAUUGAAUGGUUUACAGCACAGGGGAAUGCAGGUGAUGAUCACCAUUGGGACCAACUCAUUAACCAGUGAAUGGUGUUAUAUAGAUGAUAGUAGACUACAGGAAAAGGAGGGCCAAGCACGCCCCCAUUCUCAUCAACGGGGCUGUAGUGGAGCAGGUUGAGAGCCUUUAGUUCUUUGAUGUCCACAUCACCAAUGAACUGUCAUGGUCCAAACACACCAAGACAGUCGUGAAGAGGGCACGACAACGCCUAUUCCCCAUCAGGAGACUGAAAAGAUUUGGCAUAGGUCCUCAGAUCCUCAAAAAGUUCUACAGGUGCACCAUCGAGAGCAUCCUGACUGGUUGUAUCAUCGUCUGGUAUGGCAACUGCUCAGCCUUCGACCGCAAGGCACUACAGAGGGUAGUGCGUACGGCCCAGUUCAUCACUGGGGCCAAGCUUCCUUCCAUCCAGGACCUCUAUACCAGGCGGUGUCAGAGAAAGGCCCUAAAAAUUGUCAAAGACUCUAGCCACCCUAGUCAUAGACUGUUCUCUCUGCUACCGCACGGCAAGCGGUACCGUCUAGGUCCAAAAGGCUUCUUAACAACUUUUACCCCCAAUCCAUAAGACUCUGAACAGCUAACCACAUUUUUACGCUGCUGCUACUCUCUGUUUAUUAUCUAUGCAUAGUCACUUUAACUCUACUUACAUGUACAUAUUACCUCAAUUACCUCGACUAACCUGUGCCCCCGCACAUUGACUCUGUACCGGUACCCCCUGUAUAUAGCCUCGUUACUGUUAUUUUAUUGUUGCUCUUUUAAUUAUUAUUAUUAUUUAUUUAUUGUUUACCUCUGUUUAUUUAGUAAGUACUUUCUUAACACUUAUUUUUUUUCUUAACUGCAUUGUUGGUUAAGGGCUUGUAAAUAAGCAUUUAACUGUAAGGUUUACACCUGUUAUAUUCGGCGCAUGUGACAAAUAAAAUGUGGCUAUUUAAUACCAUACCUGGCCUCCACAAUCCCCCGACCUCAACCCAAUUGAUAUGGUUUGGGAUGAGUCGGACCACAGAGUGAAGGAAAAGCAGCCAACAAGUGCUCAGCAUAUGUGGGAACUCCUUCAAGACUGUUAGAAAAGCAUUCCAUGUGAAGCUGGUUGAGAGAAUGCCAAGAGUGCGCAAAGCUGUCAUCAAGGCAAAGGGUGGCUACAUUGAAGAAUCUCAAAUAUAAAAUAUAUUUUGAUUUGUUUAACACUUUUUUGGUUACUACAUGAUUCCAUAUGUUAUUUCAUAGUUUUGAUGUCUUCACUAUUAUUCUACAAUGUAAAAAUAAAGAAAAAUCCUUGAAUAAGUAGGUGUGUCCAAACUUUUGACUGGUACUGUGUGUGUGUGUGUAUAUAUAUAUAUAUAUAUAUAUAUAUAAUAUAGCAGAUUACUUUCUGGCUCCCUUACACAGCUGAUCUGGAGUCAGUUUGACUGUGUGCGUUCUGGGAGCUGGGGUCCAUUAGAAUUCUUCGUGGUGCAGGAAAGGGACCACUGGGGAGGCCCAGAUGAAAAGGGAUCUUUGUUUUGCUGUGUAAAUAUAUUUUUCUGUUGCCCACAACAAUCAAUAUGUAGAUGAGGCUUUUCCAACGCAAAAAAAGAAACAACCUUUCAUGCGUUUUUCUCUUGUAGUCAAUUCACGUUCACUUUGAAUUGUUCUUUCUAUGGAGUAAUUAAUUUGGCCAUAUCUACUGCCAUAGACACGUCAGUCAUUAUGUGUAGGCUCAGUAUGUAGCCUAUGAGGCAGCUAGACAUCAUGGCAGUGAGUAAACAGUCCAGUCAGUCAGAGCCCAGGCCCCAGCCCAGGAGACAUCCCGUUAGGCCGUUUCCAGUGGGCGUCAUUGCGUUUCAUCACUUCAGAGCCUCAAUGUCAUUCACAAUGGCCAGGAGAUGACAGAUUACACCAAAGACUCUGCUAGCAGCAGUCUCCCUCUUACCGGAGUCCACACACAUCUCCAUAGGGUUGUCAGUGCACGCCAAUAACCUGGGUAAAUACUGUAGGCCUCAUUUUCUCAACUGAAACAUUUGACCUAGAUGCGAAAGGUGUAGGACUAGUGUUUGUUAGUAAGCUUACAAUGCUGAUAUUGUAAUGAAUAUUAUGUAUUGUAGCAGGACUUUAAUCGUGUGAUGAGAACUAACCUACAUGGAAUUAAGUAUUUAUUGUGAAAGACUACAAACUUGACAUCAUGCCUCAUUCAUGGAAAUCAGAGGGUGCUCUCAUUGCAACAUACUAUAUGAGGCUAAUGUUUUUCAUAGUUUUUUCAAAAAACUUUUAGUUGUUUGAAACAUUUUAUUACCACAGUGGACCUCCUUAAGCAGGCAGUCAUGCCAGGUUUUUUCUGGAUCAAAAAGGGGCUUAGGUGGUGGGCGUGGCAGGGGGGCAUGACUGGGGGUGGCAAUGGGCUCGGUCAGUGCAGCUGCAUAAAACAUUUUUUUGUAGAAGCCCCCAUCUUGGCGGUGUAGAGAAAUGUUAGCUUAUUUUUUUAAAUCCUGCAAUUCUACACAUUUCUCCAUGGAGCUGAGAUUAGUUUUUGUAGUUUUAAAGCAAUUUCCCUGCUAUUUUAUGCAUUUUGCCAUGACUAAUGCUGUUCUUUUGCUCUAACAUAAUAACAAAAUCAAUACUACCAAAUUCAAUGUUUUGGGAAUUUUCAAUUCUCCCUGACUGUCUAGCUUUUAUCUUGCCGAUUGUUAUUUGUCAAUGAUUGUAAUAUAAAAUAUAUAUAGGUCCAUUAUCUUUUUUACAUUUACGUCAUUUAGCAGACGCUCUUAUCCAGAGCGACUUAGAAAUUGGUGCAUUCACCUUAUAGCCAGUGGAAUAACCACUUUACAAUAUGUUUUUUUUCUUUUCUUCUUUCUUUGGGGUGGGGUAAGGGGGGGUAGAAGGAUUCAGCAGGGAGGAGAAGGUGGCAAAGAGCUUCCUAGGAUUAGAGGCAGAUGCUUGGAUUUUACAUACUUUAUAUAUGGGUUUAGUCGUUUCAGUUUACACUGAAAGCGUUUUUCCAUUCAAGUAAUGUGUAUACUGAACAAAAAUAUAAACGCAACAAUUUCAAAGAUUUCACUGAGUUACAGUUCAUAGAGGGAAAUCAGUCAAUUGAAAUAGUCAUUAUGCCCUAAUCUAUGGAUUUAACAUGACUGGGCAGGGACACACCCACUGGGGAACCAGGCCCAGCCAAUCCAAAUGAGUUUUUCUCCACAAAAGGGGUUUAUUACAGACUCCUAAUGUUUAGAGAAAUAAGCUUUUUGUGCAUAUGGAACAUUUCUGGGAUCUUUUAUUUUAGCUCAUGAAACAUGGAACCAACACUUUACGUGUUGCAUUUACAUUUUUGUUCAGUGUCAUCUAUCUAUCUAAUUUAUUUUAUGACUUAGGCGUCCGUUUAAAAUUCCUGCAGGCCUAAACAAUAAGGACUUGCCAUGUUUGUGCGGCAUAGGUCAGUCUUAUAAGUUAUUAACCGAAGAACGGAAAGGCAUGCCUUUUCUCUCAAAACGGAAGGGAAUGGAUGGACAUUGUCAAUACAGGCUAACCUGAUUAGCUGGUCUGUGUUGAGGGGUUAUGACACUAUUGCCCUCUCCACCUAUCGCUAUCUCCGUUAGGGGUUCCCUUCUAAAAUCAACCAUGUUCCUUUACUGUAACUAACUACAGCUGCUAUGGCACCCCUCAGAGCCUGUUUCCUCUCUAGGUUUCUUCCUAGGUUCCUGCCUUCUAGUGAAUUUUUCCUAGCCACUGUGCCAUUACAUCCGCGUUGGUUACUUUUUGGGGUUUUAUGCUGGGUAUCUGUAACGAACUUUGUGACAACUGCUGAUGUAAAAAGGGCUUUAUAAAAUAAAUUGGAUUGCAUUUGACUAUAGGCCUACAUGUGCUCCUGAGUGGCGCAGUGGUCUAAGGCACUGCAUCGCAGUGCUAACUGUGCCACUAGAGAUCCUGGUUCGAAUCCAGGCUCUGUCGCAGCCGGCCGCGACCGGGAGACUCAUGGGCGGUGCACAAUUGGCCCAGCGUCGUCCAGGGUAGAGCAUGGCGUUUGCAACGCCAGGGUUGUGGGUUCGAUUCCCACGGGGGGCCAGUAUAAAAAAAGAUGUAUUCACUAACUGUAAGUCGCUCUGGAUAAGAGCGUCUGCUAAAUGACAAACAAACAAAAAAAAAAAGUGCAGUAGGUGUGUUUUUUCACAACCACACACAAGUUUACCACACUAGGUUAGUGUGAAAUCUGAAACGAGCCCAGGAGUAAAUAUUGAAAGUGAAACACCUCGUGAUUUUCACCCUUAAUUCCCUCUGAUCAGUAUUUCUGUCUAUUACAAGGCACAUAAACAAACACAUGAUCUGCUGUGUUUCGUCUGUACGUAUCAUCCCCUUUGAAGUCCCCUGUAGCUCAGUUGGUAGAGCAUGGCGCUUGCAACGCCAGGGUUGUGGGUUUGUUUCCCACGGGGUGCCAGUAUGAAAAAUGUAUGCACUCACUAACUGUAAGUCGCUCUGGAUAAGAGCGUCUGAUAAAUGACUAAAAAAUGUUUGUUUUUUUUAAAGAAAAGAAAAAAAGUACAGUACAUUUAUUUUUUGUACAUUACUCUACGGCUGCUCAUUCAUUGUUAGUUCCUAAAGCGUUUGAACACAUCUCUCUUACUAAAUAGUAAAUACUAAUGUUUUUGUGUUACUAAUGUCUUUCUGUCAUGUCUCUGUCUCCUCAGGUCAAUGUUCGCGUCACCACCAUGGACGCUGAGCUGGAGUUUGCCGUCCAGCCCAGCACCACUGGCAAACAGCUCUUUGACCAGGUCAGUGUUAACAGUACAUUUAUGACUGUCAUAUUAAUACAGAUGUAGGAUCUUAAUUUGAGCCAGUUUGCUACAGCAGGAAAAUAACCUUGCAGCAACACGAAAUAUGAAUUAUAAUGUGGAUAAUAAUUAAUGGACGUUUUUUUAGGGGUCGAUCAUUUUGUUACGUAAGGUAAAAUCAAGUCUGACAUUUCUUAAGUGGAAAUUACAUACUUCAAAAAUCUUUUUAUACCUCAAAUACACUACACGUUUUAAAUGUCCUGCAUUGCAGGAAAGUUCUCCUGCAACAGGGUAAUCAAAUUAAGAUCCUACAUCUAUAGCCAUACAUUUAGUCUUGUUAUCAGUAGUAACAAAACCUGUACCAAAACCACAAGUAUGUAUAGCAGGGUUUUGCUUUUGCAAUUCUUCUCCAUGAUAACACUUAUUACUGGAAUAAUUUAGUGAGGCUUUCUAGGAGUGUGUGUGUGUGUGUGUGUGUGUGUGUGUGUGUGUGUGUGUGUUAAUCAGUGGUUCUGCUCCAGUGACCCACCCUGAAGCCUACUCCCCCACCUCUACAUCUUCCUACCUCCAGGCAUGUCCUGUCCCCACACACACUCAUGAAUGUUAUCUCAGGGAAGGUUGCAAGAGAUUUUAACUGGAACCGUUCUUAUCUGACCUUCCCUUCUCUCCUGGAGCUAUGACGACCAUUCCCAGGAGUGGUGCUGUGCUAAGAGCCAAAAAUGUACUGAAACUGAUUACUGGUAGUGUGAGAAAAGGGAGUAUGAUGAAAGCCUGUUUCUUUUGAUCAGAUGUCAAUAUAUCUGACAAUAUGACAGUGAGUCAUCCAAACCAUUGUCCUUCCCACGGAACCCUGUCUGAGUCGGUUCCUGACAUCGAAGUCAAUUGACAUUGUACAGCAUGUUUUCUGUACAACUGUUUUGAGUACUGUCACGAUCGUCGGAUAUAGAGGACCAAGGCGCAGCGUGGAAGGUGAACAUACUUAUUUAUUAAAUGAUACACGAACAAAACAACAAAUCGAUACGUGACGUCCACAGGUGCAAAACACAAACCAACACGGAACAAGAUCCCACAAACACUGUAGGAAAACCACCUGACUAAAUAUGGUUCCCAAUCAGAGACAACCAGCAACAGCUGAUACUCGUUGCCUCUGAUUGAGAACCACUCUGGCCAACAUAGAUAUACAAACUAAACUAGACACAACGAGCACAAAACAUAAACUCUACACACCCUGGCUCAACUUAAAAGAGUCCCUAGAGCCAGGGCGUGACAGUACCCCCCCCUAAAUGCGCGGACUGCGACCGCGCCUGAACAUCACCGGACAGGGGAGGGCUGGGUGGGCAUUCCUCCUCGGAGGCGGUUCCGGCUCCGGGCUGGCGACGCGCACCAUAGGCUUGGCGCGAUGGACAGGAACAGGCCGGACCGUACUGGGAACACACACCACUGGCCUUACACGGGGAUCAGGAACGGGCCGGACCGGACUGGCAACACACUUCAGUACCUCUCGCCGUGCCUCUACAUUUUCCUUCCCUCUAUACACCAAUGGCUCCCGUAACCCGGUGGCCUUCUCUCCUCGUCCACCAACUCGCCCCUUAUCUGCCUCCAGUGGCCCCGUCGUCCCUGCCAUGUGCCCCCCCCUAAACAUUUAUUGGGGGUGCCCCUCGCCUGUCCGACGACUGCCCGGUUGGCGCCGCUUCUCCUCUCCUGCCUGGGCACGUUGCUUGGUCCUGUAUUGGUGGGAUCUUCUGUCACGAUCGUCGGAUAUAGAGGACCAAGGCGCAGCGUGGAAGGUGAACAUACUUAUUUAUUAAAUGAUACACGAACAAAACAACAAAUCGAUACGUGACGUCCACAGGUGCAAAACACAAACCAACACGGAACAAGAUCCCACAAACACUGUGGGAAAACCACCUGACUAAAUAUGGUUCCCAAUCAGAGACAACCAGCAACAGCUGAUACUCGUUGCCUCUGAUUGAGAACCACUCUGGCCAACAUAGAUAUACAAACUAAACUAGACACAACGAGCACAAAACAUAAACUCUACACACCCUGGCUCAACUUAAGAGUCCCUAGAGCCAGGGCGUGACAAGUACAGCGUGUUUGUAUGGUAAGUUCAGAGGGACAAUAGGAGAAUUACGUAUUGUUCUCAGAUUACUGAGUACAGUGCCUUCAGAAAGUAUUCAUACCCCUUGACUUAUUCCACAUUUUGUUGUUACAGCCUGAAUUCAAAAUGGAUUCAAAUUUUUUUUUUUUUACUCACCCAUCUACACACAAUACCCCAUAAUGACAAAGUCAAAACAUGUUUUUAGAAAGUUUUGCAAAUUUAUUGAAAAAUGAAAUGCAGAAAUAUCUCAUUUACAUAAGUAUUCACUCCCCUGAGUCAACACUUUGUAGAAGCACCUUUUGGCAACGAUUACAGCUGGGAGUCUUUCUGUGUAAGUCUCUUAGCGCUUUCCACACUUGGAUUGUGAAACAUUUGCCCAGUAUUCUUUUCAAAAUUCUUUAAGCUCUGUCAAAUUGGUUGUUGAUCAUUGCUAGACAACAAUUUUCAAUGUUUUGCCAUAUAUUUCCAAGUAGGUUAUUGUCCUGCUGAAAGGUGAAUUCAUCGCCCAGUGUCUGGUGGAAAGCAGACUAAACCAGGUUUUCCUGUAGGAUUUUGCCUGUGCUUAGCUCCAUUCCGUUUCUUUUUUAUCCUGAAAAACUCCCCAGUCCUUAACGAUUACAAGCAUACCUAUAACAUGAUGCAACCACCACUAUGCUUAAAAAUAUGGAAAGUGGUAUUCAGUAAUGGGUUGUGUUGGAUUUGCCCCAGACAUAACACUCUGUAUUCAGGACAAAAAGUUAAAUGCUUUGCCAAUUUUUUUGCAGUAUUACUUUAGUGACCUGCAAAGAGGAUGCAUGUUUUGGAAUAUUUGUAUUCUGUACAGGCUUCCUUCUUUUCACUCUGUCAAUUAGGUUAGUAUUGUGGACUAACUACAAUGUUGUUGAUCCAUCCUGAGUUUUCUCCUAUCACAGCCAUUCAACUCUGUAAUUGUUUUAAAGUCACCAUUGGUCUCAUGGUGAAAUCCCUAAGCGGUUUCCAUCCUCUCCGGCAACAGAGUUAGGAAGGAAGCCUGUAUCUUUCUAGUGACUGGGUGUAUUGAUACACCAUCCAAAGUGUAUUCAUUACUUCACCAUGCUCAAAGGGAUAUUCAAUGUAUGCUUUUUUAAAUGUAUUACACAUCUACCAAUAGGUGCCCUUUGCAAUGCAUUGGAAAACCUCCCUGGACUUUGUGGUUGAAUCUGUGUUUGGAAUUCACUGCUAGACUGAGGGACCUUACAGAUAAUUGUAUAUGUGAGGUACAGAGAUGAAGUCAUUCAAAAAUCAUGUUAAACACUAUUAUGUCACUCUUGAGUGAGUCCAUGCAACUCCUGAACUUAUUUAGGCUUGUCAUAGCAAAGGGGUUAAGUAAUUGACUCGACAUUUCUAUUUUUAGUUUGUAAAGAUUUUGAAAAACAUGAUUGCGCUUUGACAUUAUGGGGGGUAUUGUGUGUAGGCCAGUGAUGACAAAUUUCAAUUUAAUCAAUUUUAAAGUCAAGGGGUGUGAAUACUUUCUGAAGGCACAUCGACAAGAGCUUGUAGUAUGUUGCUGGAACCCCUUAUUGGUCCAUCAGUGUACUACACUGUAUGUUCUUAUCUAAUGGUUGAGUCCCAUAGUGUCACAUUCUGCAGCUACAGUGUGGAAUGGAUUCCAAAGGCACCGUGGGAUGUAGCAAGCCUUUAUUCCACCACGGAAAGGCAUUGUCUUGGCUUGCCAUAGCCACUUCCUGAAUAACUUGUUUGUCAGUUGUGUGUGGAAACAUGACUAGGGAAUUUCACCUUCAUGCCCUCUGCAGUGAUAUUAGCAUUAGAUUCUGAUGUUGUUCAGGAUUGUCGGCAUUAGAUUCAGACGUUCCACUUUAGUGUCACUAAGAAUUCCUUCACCUACAUGUUGAAAGGCCUCAGUGGGGUGUGUCGUACAUUAAUUAUUACAUUAAAAAUUAUAUUAUAUAGUACAUUGUCGUGCACCAGAAUAAUUUGUGUCGGAAACAGUUCAUCGCCACUCGCAAUACAGGUGCAAGUAAUAGUUUUGUCUUGACAACUUUCCAUCUGAUAACCACCAGUAACCACAGGUGAAAUUGACUGACGUUUAACUACUUCCUCUAGUUAGCAAUGUGUCAGUCAGAAGCCUGUGACCCAAUUGAGUUAGAAACCUGGCCUAGACGGGUGAAGUCGGUAGCAGACAUCCCCUGCAGAGAAGGCCUCAGACACAGACAGUCAGACAAAAGCGCACGCACAGACAGACAGACAGUCAGAUAGACAGGCAGUCAGACAGACAGACAGUCAGAUAGACAGGCAGUCAGAUAGACAGGCAGUUAGUUAAGUGGAAAGGCUGAGUAAUACCAGUGGUGAGCUCAUCCCUGGGGUGUUCCCCUGUUAAAGUGACCUGGCGUGGGACCCUCUCUGUGCCUCAGCCCUCUCAUAUGACCAGCGACGUGCAGCCCUAACGGGACGAAUUGCUGCCGGCCCGCCACUCUUCAACUCACAACCACUUUGAUUUCCCAUAGAACUGCUCAAAGGCUUUUUCCUUUUAGUUGUUCUUAGGAUACUUUACAAAUGGCACCAUAUUGUGGGCCCUGGUCAAAAGUAGUGCACGGAAAACAUUUUACAUUUUAGUCAAUUAGCAGACUCUCUUAUCCAAAGCGACUUACAGGAGCACUUAGGGUUAAGUGCCUUGUUCAAGAACCUUAGAUACUGCGUGUGUGUACAUUCGGGACAGGCCACGUAAAUAAAUGAAGGGGUAGUUCAAUAGGGUGGCACACUCAUGCAGUAAUAACACAACACCAGAAGACGAACUAGUCUUCAAACUGAGGAUUUUAGUUGGUUUCUCUCUUUCCACUCUCAAUGCAUGUGCGGUCUGGAGAAAUGGCUAAACAUUAGCCAUUAUCCUUUGGCCACUCUCUCUUCCUGCCCCUGUCUGAGUGUGCCCCUCUCCUCCUCCUCCUGUCCCCUGACUAAUCUGGAACAAUUAGUUGGAACUUCACAUUAGUCAGCGGAUGCAGUGAGUAAUGCUGUUUCGGGGGGUGCUGGCAUUCCUCGCUCUCUCUCCCUCCCUCUUUCUCUCUUUCAUCACAGGGCUCGGGCUUUCAUAAACACUGCCGAGAGAAACUUUCACUUGGAAGACUGACUGCAGUGAGAAGGCAAGGCGUGGCGGCGUUCGUGGCCUUGUUCCACUGUUCAGACUGCACGUGAUGCAGAGUACGGGAUUCUUAAAAGUUAUCCAGAGCUAGCUCAAUCGUUUUUGUAUCCUCCAGUUUUAUAUACAUCCUUUUAAUAAUACUGCCCAUUUAACGACGAUCUGCACCCCAAAGCUAAAGAAUGAGAGAUUGUUUAGACGUCCUCCUGCGUGACAGAAUUCUUGGAUCCAUUCUGGGACCCAGGUAGCCUAGGUCUUUUGUGUUAGGUGAGAACAGCUCACAGGUCAUCUACAGUUUGAGUUUACUUGACUCAACUGCAAAUGUUUGUCUUAGAUAUGUUCAAUGAUUGGCUGAUUGAAGUGGCCUGUCAGUGAGUGGCACACCCAGUUUGUAACUCUUUGGUGCAGCCUCUACUCAAAACAAAAUCCUUUUAACUCUUGGAAUGUUGAUUAGUUCAUUCCAGUACUUACGGUGAGGAUUAGCUUUAAUACUGGUAUCGUCUUCGAUCAAAAAUACUCAUAUUAUUUGAUUAAAUGCUGUUUGACCCAUUCCUAGAGGGACAUUUUCUGGCCUCAAAGGCCUCUCGUUGUAGCAGAACCCCUGUAGUUUAUCCCCCCUGGGUAAAGGAAUCCUUCAUUUAGAAUACCUUUUCCCCCCCUUCCCCCCGCUCUGUGUGGUUCCUGGAAGCAAAAACACCAUGAAAGGGCCUGUUUGUGUCCUGAAACCCUCAGGACUUUCAUUCCAGGUGAGAUGAUGCAGUGAGAAACGCUCUCUCGUUUCAGGGCCAACCACUCAGUGUUCAUUGUUGUAAUUAAAUACAAUUUGGAAGAAAAAAAAUCUGUCAUUCAUCUCCUGCAACCCCGUCAGGUUACCCGGACCCGUAUUAGGUUGCGGCUAAGUAAGUGCGGGGGCGCUUGAUUUUAAUUUUAACCUUGGCCACUGUUUAUUGGAUAGGAAUGGGCUUGGCCUGAGUGCCUGCUGUGUGUGUGUGUGUGUUGUUGACUGAAACUGCUUCACCCAAGUGGGGAAUUUGGCAGCAGCACAAACAGAACAGGGCCUGGCGACUGGUGAGUUUCUCAUUCUAAAUGCCCGGGCUAUAACCCAUAUAGAACUCAUAGGUAAGGUUUCCCAAACACAGAUUAAUCCUAGCCCUGAAUUCAGAAUCACUCUCAAUGGAAAUUCUCAAUUGGAAGCACUUUUUAGUCCAAGGGUAGGCUUAUUUCGUGUCCAGGAAACCUACUCAUAGGGUUUGGCAGAAUUUUGCACCGUAGUCCGUAUACAGUGGGUAUCAUAAGUAUUCACCACCCCUUGGAUUUCUUAACAUUUUAUUGUGUUACAGAGUGGGAUUAAAAUUGAUUUAAUUGUCAUUUUUUGUAAACUAUCUACACAAAACACUGUCAGUGGAAGAAAAACAUAUUUUUUUGUUUUGAUGAAUGAAAAAUAAAACACUAAUAUAUUCACCCCCCUAAGUCAAUACAUGUUAGAAACACCUUUGUCAGUGAUUACAGCUGUGAGGCUUCUUGGGUAAAUCUCCAAGAGCUGAAUACUUAGACAUUUCAGCUGUUCAUUUUUUAUUAAUUUGUUAACAUUUUGAAAAACAUAAUUCCACUUUGAGAUGAUGGGGUAUUGUGUGUACGCCAGUGACAAAUAAUAUCAAUUUAAUCCGUUUUAAAUUCAGGCAGUAUGCAAAAUGUGGAAGAAGUCAAGGGGGUGUGAACACUUUCUGAAGGCACUGUAUGACUCCUCAGAAAUGAAACAAUCGAGGUGUAUUGUUCAGUACCAUUCCUUCUGAAUAGGCCUGUCAGACACUAAAAAGAGAACAUACAAAGCUCAUAGAAAUAACUCUGAAUGACGUGUCAAGAAACCGUAAUAGAAAAGUUAGGAUCACACACUAUCUAUACUGUAGAUCUCAUCACAACAUUUGUUCCCCUUUCUUGACAGAAACCGCCCACUGCGAAUUUUACAGUCAAAAGUUUGGACACACCUACUCAUUCAAGGGUUUUUCUUUAUUUUUGCUAUUUUCUACAUUGUAGAAUAAUAGUGAAGACAUCAAAACUAUGAAAUAACACAUAUGGAAUCAUGUAGUAACCAAAAGAGUGUUAAACAAAUCAAAAUAUAUCUGAGGUUCUUCGAAGUAGGCACCCUUUGCCUUGAUGACAGCUUUGCACACUCUUGGCAAGCUUCAUGAGGCAGUCACCUGGAAUGCAUUUCAAUUAACAGGUGGGCCUUGUUAAAUGUUAAUUUGUGGAAUUUCUUUCCUUCUUAAGUUUGAGCCAAUCAAUUGUGUUGUAACAAGGUAGGGGUGGUAUACAGAAGAUUGCCCUAUUUGGUAAAAGACGAAGUCCAUAUUACGGCAAGAACAGCUCAAAUAAGCAAAGAGAAAUGAGUCCAUCAUUACUUUAAGACGAAGGUCAGUCAAUCUGGAACAUUUCAAGAACUUUGAAAGUUUGUUCAAGUGCAGUUGCAAAAACCAUCAAGUGCUAUGAUGAAACUGGCUCUCAUGAGGACCACCACAGGAAAGGAAAACCCAGAGUUACCUCUGCUGCAGAUAAUAAGUUCAUUAGUGUUACCAGCCUCAGAAAUUGCAGCCCAAAUAAAUGUUUCACAGAGUUCAAGUAACAGACACAUCUCAACAUCAACUGUUCAGAGGAGACUGCGUGAAUCAGGCCUUCAUGGUUGAAUUGCUGCAAAGAAACCACUACUAAAGGACACCAAUAAGAAGAAGAGACCUGCUUGGGCCAAGAAAACACGAGCAAUGGACAUUAGACUGGUGGAAAUUUGUCCUUUGGUUUUAUGAGUCCAAGUUUGAGAUUUUUGGUUCCAACCGCCGUGUCUUUGUGUUGAUCUCCACAUGUGUAUUUCCCACCGUGAAGCAUGGAGGAGGAGGUGUGAUGGUGCUUUGCUGGUGACCCUGUCAGUGAUUUAUUUAGAAUUCAAGGCACACUUAACCUGCAUGGCUACCACAGCAUUCUGCAGCGAUACGCCAUCCCAUCUGGUUUGCGCUUAGUGGGACUAUCAUAUGUUUUUCAAUAGGACAAUGACCCAAAACACACCUCCAGACCUUGUAAGGGCUAUUUGACCAAGAAGGAGAGUGAUGGAGUGCUGCAUCAGAUGACCUGGCCUCCACAAUCCCCUGACCUCAACCCAAUUGAGAUGGUUUGGGAUGAGUUGGACCGCAGAGUGAAGGGAAAGCAGCCAACAAGUGCUCAGCGAAUGUGGGAACUCCUUCAAGACUGUUGGAAAAGCAUUCCUCAUGAAGCUGGUUGAGAAAAUGCCAAGAGUGUGCAAAGCUGUCAUCAAGGCAAAGGGUGGCUACUUUGACAAAUCUAAAAUAUAUUUAGAUUUGUUUAACAUUUGUUUGGAUACUACAUGAUUCCAUAUGUGUUAUUUCAUAGUUGUUAUGUCUUCACUAUUCUAAAAUGUAGAAAAUAUUAAAAAUAAAGAAAAACCCUUGAAUGAGUAGGUGUGUCCAAACUUUUGACUGGUACUGUAUAUGAUGUUGUUGUGGUUAGCUAUGCAGUGCAGAUUGCAUCUGCACUGACUGACUGCUUUUUCCAGUAUGUCUCCUGGGGAAAAGGAUCCUGGUCCCAGAUCUGUUUGUGCUGUCUUACCACCAACUCUGGCACAAACCGAUCUGGGACCAAUAGGAGUUGGCAAGACCGUACAAACGGAUCUGGGAACGUAUGUCCGGGACUGGGAAAGAUGUAAUCCUAUGAGGCCUGCCCAGAUUAAGCCUGGUACCUGAGUAUGCCAUUAACGACCGGCGCUCCCGGCCGUGCCAACAUAAUGCCACUGGGCUGAAAGGCCUGUUUAUACAAGAUGUUAUACUUUGCUGGUGAUCAUGCAGCACUGGUGGCACAAUGUAGUUUAUUAACGGUGUGAAUGAAUGAUGGUUUGAGUGG